UGGCUCAGCCCUUAGUACACAGCUUUGCUCUCAAACGAUGAAGGUAAACAUCGUUUUUGAAGGAAGUGCUCAUGUUCGUAAGUAAUGUAUAAUUGAGUGGAUGAAAAAAUGAUGAAUCAGGGAAAGAUCUGACAGAAUAGGAUAUGCCCAACUCUAAAGAGAAGAGGGAAAAGAGGCAAUAUAAGAGGAAGCAGCACAGAGGGUAAGAGGAGGAGGCAGUUUUACCUGGAGAAUUCUACAGAGACAGGCAGGCUAAAGACAGAAAAAGAGAAAAUGAGUGAGAGAAUGAGAAGAGAGCAGUUUACUAGAGUUGGUUUGAGGCCAAGCACAGCAAUUCAGUCAGAAGUGAAAGAAGCAAUUUGAAUUGGUUAGAGUGAAGAGUAAGAGCUAGAAGAGCAGAGUUGACCAGCCAGAGUUCAAAAAGAAGAAGAAAGGGUGAUUAUUUAACAGUUAAGUCUCUGAUGCCCAAAACACUCAAGUGUCCAACUCUACUGAGCCCCCUCGGUGUUUGCCCCCUGCUGAGCCUUGCUGAUGCAUGUGGAAGCUUUAGUUCCUAACAAAGGAACAUCUUGAUCUUUCUGUUUGGCACCUGGGCAGUAACACACAGUUCCUGAUUUUUGUUCCUGUUUUUGUCCUGAGGACAUAACCUAUUUUUCCACUGUGCUUUCUGGAGUUCUCCACCCAGUGAACUUGGGGUGUAUAUUCUGUGAACCUCAGUAAAGCUUUGGCAUUUUCUUAGCAAACAUGACACUACUCUGUGUCUUUUGUUGAAUCCCCCAGGCCAUUCUAGACCUAGAUAAGAUUGUACAGAAGCUAUAAGCUUCCUAGGCCUAGAUUAUCAGAAGGAGGAAGUAAGCCUUCUAGGUAUUUUUACAUUCCUAUGUGAUAGUCACUGUCUACAAAAAUAGAGCAAGUACUGUAUGUAUCACAAUCUUGCUGUCCCUAUCUUUAUGAUUUUGCUUUUCUUUGUUCACUAUAGCUUCCCUUCUUUGCCUUUCAUUUAAACAAUAUUGAAUUAAGUUUUUAUAUGAGGGUAGAUUCUCAUAUAAUAUAUCCUGACCACUGUUUCCCCAACCUGCACUCCCAACUACCCCUCACUUCUAUCCUUUCCCCAAGGUCCACCCCCCUCCACCCAUUUCCUCUUCAAAAAGGAGCAGACCUAACAGACAAAACAAGAUGGAAAAAGACAAGGUGAAAGCCUUCAUGUUGGACAAGGCAACCUGAUAGGAAAAAUCUCAAGAUCAAGCCAACGAAUCAGAGUUACACCUGCUUCCACUGUUAAGAGUCCCUCAAAGACACCAAGCUAACAGCCAUAACAUAUCAGCAGAGGACCUGGUAUAGACCCAUGCUGUCUCUAUGCUUGCCAUUUAAGUUUCUGUAAGAUUCCUAGAAAUCCAGUCAGUGUUAGUCAUGGGUUCCCUCUCAUGUCAAAGGCCUCAAGUUAAACCAAACAUUGGUUGGUCACUCAAACAAAUUUGUUACCCUCAUGCCCCAGCACAUCUUAGGAAGGACCAAUUGUAGGUGUGUAUGGGUGUUGGGGGCGGAGGGGAGUUUCCAGGUUUCUCUUUCUUCCUUUUAGCCUGUAGAGUACCUUCUCUCCUCAAAGAGACUAGAACACAGGGGUGAAGGCUCCGAGCCUGUACUAGCUUGACCUCUGCAUUCAGUGAACUGUGUGGAAUUUGUCCUUAAUGAUCAGUCUCUACUGUCAGUUAUCUGAGAGCAAAAUUUGUCCUUGCAUCAGCAAGGAUUGUUGAAGGAUCUCAAGGGACCGCCUUGGCCAACAGCUCAACAAUAUGUAACUUAUUAGCAACAUCGAAACCCUGCCUGGUGUCAAAGGAUGGUCAGUUCAGACUCCAUAUCCUCCAUUACUAGGAGUUUUCAUUAGGGUCACCUGGUCAUCCAGGAAGUUGUCAUUGUACGGGAUUUCUACACUAACUCCCAAAUAACCCCUAAUUCUAGCUGUUUCCUCCUGCAUUUUACUUUCCCCUGCAUCCCCCUCAACUGAUCCUCCCUACUCCUGUUCCCAUCAAACUCUGGUCUACUCACAGAAAUUAUUCUAUUUCCCCUGUAGAAAGAGAUCUGUGCUUCCUCCCUAGAGUCCACCUCUUUAACUAACCCCUCUGGGUUUGAUUACUAUUUACCUAAUAGGCAAUAUUCACUUCUAAGUAAAUGCAUGUCAUGUUUGUCAUUCUGGGUGUGAUUUCUUUAGUUGCAUUUACUUCCCUGUAAAUUCAUGAUGGCAUCUUUAUAAACAGCUGAGUGAUAAAUGUACCACAUUUUUGGUGUACCCCAUAGGGCUCAAAGUGAGUCUUAACUACCAGGAGAUCCCCCAAGUGACCCAUGAGAAUGGAGUUUAAUGCAAAGGCAAGAGUUUAUUUUCAGGUGUGUCGGGGUCAACCUUCAAUUAGCCCCUCGUAGUGAGGGACUGAAAGGUGACCCCAAUGGCUGUGACAAGCAGUUUUUAUACUUUCAGAGGUACAGGUUACAUUAGCAGGUUUACAGUUCAAACUUAUAUGGCAUGCCUUUGAGCUCUUAGCUGGGACCAGCGAGUCAGGCUACUAUCAGUACAUUCUGCAGGAUUUUCAAGAAUGUCCCUGCUCCUCCCAAGGACUCUGGGUGGAGAAUGGAACUUGUCCUAGCCUUGGCCCGAGGCGUGAAGCUGGGUCGUGCCCUAAUCUUCACCAGAGGCAGUUGAUGUAAAGCUGGCAAAAGCCCUUAGGGUCCCCAUAACCUACCUACUUUCCACCAGGCCAAGCCUCCUGACAGCUCUUAGGCUUCAGUAAGAACUAGGGUCCUUCAACCCAUUCUUCAGUUGAGAUACUUUUAGGUUGUUUCUAGGUUCUGGCAAGUAUGAAUAAACAAGUAUGAAUGAACAUAGUUGAGCAAAUGGCCUUGUGGUAGGGUGGAGCACCUUUUAGAUAGAUGCCAAGAGCUUUAUAGCUGUGAUUUGGGAUAGAUGGAUUCUCAGGGUUCUGAGGCACCAGGACUCUGAGGAAAUGCUGAUUUCCAUAGUGGCAGUAUUAGUUUGCACCCUACAAGCAUGGAGAGUUGUUACCCAUUCUCCACACCCUUACCAGCAUGACUUGUCACUUGUAUUGAUCUUAGCCCUUCUGACAUGUGCAAGAUAGAUUCUCAAAGUAGUUUUGCUUUGCAUUUCCUUCAUGGCUGAGAUGAUAAUGAUUUCUUUAAGUAUUUCUCAGCUUUUUGAGAUUCCUCUUUUGAGAAUUCUCUGUAUAGAUUUAUACCCCCCCCUUUUUUUUAAAGAUUUAUUUAUUUAAUGUGAGUGAGUACACUGUAGCUGUCUUCCGACAAGCCAAAAGAGGGCAUCAGAUCCCAUUACAGAUGGUUGUGAACCACCAUGUGGUUGCUGGGAAUUGAACUCAGGACCUCUGGAAGAGAAGUCAGUCCUCUUAACCGCUGCGCCAUCUCUCCAGCCCCUUUACCCCAUUUUUUAAUCGAAUUUUUUACUUUGAAAGUUUAAUUUCUUGAGGUAUUUAUGUAUUUUAUAUAUUAGGCCUCUAUAAGAUAUGGAUUUCUUUAAAAAAAUAUUUUCCCAUUCCUCAGGCUGCCACUAUGCCCAAUUCCCUGGGAUUUUGCCACAGCUAAUCCCAUUUAUUUAUUUAUUUAUUUAUUUAUUUAUUUAUUUAUUUAUUUAUUUAUUUAUUGGCAAAGAUGAGAAACAGAAUAGACAGGAUGAGUAUUGUCCUGUAAUUUCAUAAAUUUGUUAUUACACUCUUGUAGUUCAUGUUUGAAACACUUUCUGUCACCUUUAUCUUCUGAAAAUUUACUAUGUUAUGAGUUUCUUGAAGUUUUGAUAGUUCGGGAAAAAGUUUUAGUGUCCUCUUCUAAAGGCUUGCCUCUCCUCAUUUCUUGAGAAAUCUGUGUUUUCCAGUUUUUGUAAUCAUUAAUUUUGAUUGUGUGUGUGUGUGUGUGUGGUUUGUUUGUUGGUUUUUUGCUACUUAAACGAUAUUGUUAACACAUUUGAUUUGGGUUUUUUAAACUUUCUGAUAUAUUAUUACCUUUUUGUCCUAGUUAGCUUCAGUUGUGAACAUUUUAGAGCCUACAAUCAUCUGAGGGUCUCUCUUGAGGGCAUGCCCUCAUCAAAAUGUCUGGAUGCUGUGUCAGUGAGAGAUUGUGUUGUGAUGAUUGAUGUGGGAAGGCUCUACACUGAGUGUGGUAGGAUCGCUGAGCUAGUGGGCCUGCGCUGGGUAAGAGAGCUGGGUAAGUAUGAGACAGUGACCAAGCAGAAAAGAAUAAUUGUUCAUGGUCUUUGCCUUUUCUUGAAGCUUGAGUUUCUAUCCUAAGCUCCAGAAUUUAUGGCUGUCUUGUGACUGGUCCAAACAGGUGAACCUGUUUAUUUCCUGAGAUGCUUUUGGUUAGAGAAUUGAAUCAAAGUAGGAAAGUAGCAAGUUAGAACAAAAAAAACAAAAAACAAACAAAAAAAAACCGUUAUUUUGUUGCUGGACAGAAACUAGAGAAACUAGAAAUGUUCUCCUUUGGAGGAAAGUGGUAAAUACCAGGGCUUGAGAUGGCAAAAAGCAUAGAAAGCUGUAUUCAGAGCUUAAUUAGCUGUUGUUGUAGCACCUGGAUGACUGGAGUCAUGCAAGUAAUGCAGUCAGAAGUUGAGGUCAUAGGAUUUCAGUGGAAAAUAGACUCCCUGAAAAAUUUACCUAGAGGUCAUUUAUGUGGUAUUUUGACCCCAAGUCUUUCUUAUUCCACCCAUGCUCUGAGAAAUUGAGCAAGGCAGAAUUAAAAAACAAUUAGCUAUAUUUCUUAGGUGAAAUUUUGAAUCUGUUAUGUGAUUAUUACUAGUAACUCAUUCUGGACUACAAGAAAAAAACAAGUUAAGCAGAUAUAAAUGCAAAGUCUGUGGUUUGUAGAGAAAAGCAGACCUGGGAAGUUACACAUGGCAGCCAAAUGCUGAGGCAGAGGCAUGAAUUUUCAGAGAGAUUAUCACCAUUAAAGAGAAGGAAUUUGCUCAGGAUUGGAAGCCUAGGAAGGUGAAUUAAGGGAAACAGUCCCUCCUGCUAAGACUUCAGUUAAUGGAAGGGGGAGUUGGCAAAGUCAUUCCUAGACCCAGGAAGGAACUUCAUAUAUAACCUGCUACUACUGGUCCAAGCGUGGCACCCAAGUUCUGGAAAUAAGAAAGAUGGAAAAUGUAAGGUUAUGGCUUCUUCCCCCGUGGUUUCAGUUCAGCACUGUUCCAGCCAUCUAUGUUUGGCAGAGUCAGAGCCCCAGUGAGAGAGGACACUGUGAGAGUGCAUGGGAUGAAUCUGAGGAUGAAGCCUGAGUUGCAUUUGAGACCACAAGAUAUAGAGAUACCCAAGUUAUGAGACACCUGUCAUGGAGAGCUGCAUAUAGCAAGUGGAGGUAACAAAGCCGAGAGAUGUAUGAGAAGUUGCAGGGAUAUGGCCAUCUAAGCCUUUUGAAUCUGAAGCUCCUUGUGUCUGAGACAGAGCUGCAUGAUUUGGUGUUUGUCCUGCUGGGUUUCUUGCUUUGGUCCAAUCUUCCCUCACUAUGUACACAUUCCUCUCCACUGGAAUGGGAAGGGGUAUUCUGUGCCUUUGUAUGUUGGAAAGAUAUAACUUGCUUAAUGAUUUUACAAGAUGUGACAAUCAAGAGUGUCAGAAGUGAUUUGGGGCAUUUGAAGAGUAUAUGGGCUGCUGCAGGCUAUUAGGGUCAUUGGAAGCUCCUGAUUAGCUGCCUGUGGGGGAUGGUUUUCCUAGAAUUGACUUGUUUGGACUUUUCCAGUUCUGGGAAACAGAAACUUAGACCUAGCUUCCCAGUCUGUCAGUUUACAACCUGUCAUGGAGGAGUCAGCCUUGCUCUGGCCAACUCAGUUCUCUCAAUAGAAGCUGUUGUAGGAGGAACCUAUCUAGAUGAUUAGUUAUUGGGGAUGACAUUUGGGUGUCUAUAGACUCAACCCAUUCCCUGUGUGGGGUGUGUGUGUGUGUGUGUGUGUGUGUGUGUGUGUGUGUGUGUGUGUGUGUGUAUUGUGUAGUGGUUGUACCUGAUUAGUCAGCUUCCUUCUUAUGUUGUCUUGCCUUCAGCAUUGUAGACUCUAAACCUAAAUCACAUAAGAUUCACUUGAAGAAAUUGCUAUUCAGUGCUAAGGUAUUUUGCAAGCCUGGUGUUUUUUAUAAUUUUAAUUUUGUUUUUGUUUUUGAGGACAAAGUUUCUCAAUGUAGCCCUGGCUGUCCUGAAAGUAGCUGUUUAGAACGUGGGGCCUCAGAUGUAAAUGGUCCACCUGCCUCUGGCUCCAGAGUGCCAGGAUUAAAUGUGGGCCAACAUGCCCCGCUUUCUCUUUGUUUGUUUGUUUGUUUGUUCAUUUUUAUGUUAUUGGCUGAUGGUUGGACUGUGGGUUUUGGCACAUGUCAAGCAUAUGCUGCUGUGUUGAUCUUCAUCCAUGUUAUGAAUUUUGAAAUUGACAGAGAGCAUGUUCUGUUUCUCAGGAUGGCAUGUAUUCCUGACAUUCAUACAUAUCAUUCAUGACAUUCAUAUGCACAUCAUGUAUGCCUAAUCCCCAUAGUAGUCAGAAAAUGGCUUCAGAAUUCCGGAACUUGGAGUAAUUAAUAGUUGUGAAGCUCCCUUCUAACUACUGGCAAUUGAGGCCAAUUAUUUUUAAGACCAGCAAGAGCUCUUCACUGCUGAGCCAGCUCCUGUCCUAUGUUGCUUAUUUAGGAUCAACAUUUACAUUGCCAGUAUUUUCAGCUAUCUGUAUCUGUUUAAACAUUCAUCCCCUUUUAGUAAGAUCUCAUUACUGUUACAGUUAAAACUGGGACACCUCAAGAUUAUGGAAGAAGAAUACAGAAGUGCAGUGAAUAUAAUUCUUUGUAGGAACUCUAGUAAAAACCUCUGAGUCCUUUCUAUCUUUCUUGUUUGUUUGUUUGAUUGAUUUUUCAUAGGGGAGACAGGGUCUUAAUAUGUACCUCUGGCUGUCCUGGAUAGACCUCAGAUAUACCUGCCUCUGCCUCCUGAGUGCUUGAAUUAAAGACAUGAGCCUAUAUGCUCACUUGAUAUUUUUUUGCAGUUAGUAAUUGUUCAUACAAUUUCUCUGUGUGCUCAAUACUGCGCCCCCCCUCCAUUAAUUAGCAUUUCUCUUGCAAGGCUAUAUCCUACUCCAAGAGCAAAGAUAUGACAGAGGUGAACCUUAUUACUCAGUUUUCUUCUAAGAUGAUUUCGUAAUUACAUUAGAACAUCUGGGUCAAGAAAUAAGUGGGUUAAGCACAAGAAGCAUACAUUUACAGUGAUAUCGGUAUCAUGGUUACUGUUGUACAAAUGUAUGGGAUGUUUCAGGAUGCAUUGACCUAUGAUGAUGUACAUGUGAACUUCACUCGAGAGGAAUGGGCUUUGCUGGAUCCUUCACAGAAGAGUCUUUACAAAGAUGUGAUGCAGGAGACCUAUAGGAACCUCACUGCUAUAGGUUACAAUUGGGAAGACCAUAGUAUUGAAGAACAUUGUCAAAGUUUCAGAAGACAUGGAAGGUAAUUUUCAUGUGCAAGUUGGUAUGAAUAUGCCUCUGAAGGCACAUUAGUAUGUCCUGGAACUUUUAAACAAACGCAACAGUGUAAAAAAAAAAAAGCCCUUCUUUAAGUGUAUUGAUUUUUAAAUUCUCACAAAUCCAUGUACCUCGAUGUCAGGUGUCUGACUGUUUUUUUGCAAGGCAUUCCUCUAAGAAAGAAGACAAAGACACAAUGCCUUAACAGAUCUUACCAUUUGAAUCAUAGCCACAUUACAGCUAUUCUAUAUACCUGCCAAUCUGUUUAGUCUCAUAACACACACACACACACACACACACACACACACACACACACAGAGUAGGUGAUAAUUUUAUUUUUCAAAUAGGCAAAUAUAUCAUAGUAAAGCUGAUUGCUCAUAUACUAACACUGUUAAGUUUAAAUGAGAGGGACAGUUUAUGAGAGUCAAGAAUGUUGUUGAAGAGAAACCUUGAUUCUUAUACCAUAUGUCUAUGAUGAACAAAAAGUCAAACUGUGUGAAUACAAUGUGGAAAUCUUUCGUUUGAUAUUUUUACAGGUAUAUCUUGUGUCACAAUGGAUACAAGCCAUGUGAGCACAAGGAUAGUGAAAGGAGCUAUGCCCCCCACCCCCAGAACAAUUAAGAUAUAUGUAGUAGUCCACAUUGAGCAGACUCUCUCGUUGUGAUACAAGUUUAAAAUUAGUUGGUUUCCCAACUCCAUUGGGAAUAUAUCCAUAAAGUCACAUAGCAGAAAAUCCCUAUGAAUUCUAGGAUUGUGGAAAUCGCUUUCUGUUUGUCCUGAUUCACUUGGCCGAUGUGGUAUGCAAAUGUAGUGUAUUUCACAAUAAAGGAAAGCAUAUGAAUGUACUCAAUGUGGUAAAGCUCUGAGCUCUUCCAUUUCUCUUCAAAUAUAUGAGAAAUCUCAUAGAGCGAAAGGAUGGUACAAAUAUGACCCAUGUAAUAACAUUUUUACCAACCCAUAGUGAAUGGGAAACCAUGAGUGUAAACAAAGUGAUACAACCUUAAGAUGUGAUUCUUCUUUACAAUUCGACCAAAUUAUAAAAUUAAUUUCCACAGGUAAAAAGAUUCUUUA